UUUCAAUUUUUGAUCAUCAAUGUUAGAGAGGACUUGAAGGAGAAGUAUGGGGGGAAACUGACUCAGGAGAUGGAGGGUCCUUUAAUGGAAGUGUUUGCUCGUUUGAUGAAAGUGCUCGUUGGAAAGAAGCUAAUGGUUCCGGGCAGUUUUAAAAAUAACAACGGUCAGAAUGCUGUAGCCUGUUCUUGCAAGGCAACAGCUGGCUUUUUAUACCCUCUUGAAAAGGGAUUCAUGUUCGUUCACAAACCCGCCCUUUUUAUCAAAUUUGAAGAUAUUGCUAACGUCAACUUUGCUAGGAUGGCCUCUGGUGGGGUAUCGAGAUCUUUUGAUUUCGAUAUAGAGACUAGGGAAGGGGUCGUUCACCAUUUUAGCUCAUUGAUGAGAGAUGAUUACACAAGGCUGCAUGAGUUUGUUACUGAGAAACGACUCAAGAUUAAAGAUAAAGGCUCCAGUAAAGUACAUGUAUCUUAUAAUGAUGAACUCUCUGGAAAUUCAUCCGAUGAACACGAUCCGUACCUUGCUCGAAUGAAAGCAGAGGGAGAGCAAGCUAGUAGUGAAGAUGACUCGGAUUUUGUGGCGAAAGAGAGCGGCAGUGAUGAUGAUUUAGAGUAUGAUUCAGAUGCAGCUGUGAGUGAUGGAGGCUCAACUCAAGGAGCUCAGAAAGAGACUAAAGGUAGCAGUGAUGAGAGUGGAGAAGAAGAAGAAGAGGAAGAGGAGGAAGAGCCGAAAGCUAAAAAGAGGUCGAAGCCUCAAACUCACACUAACGUAGCUAAGAAAAGGAAACAAGAGAAAGGAGGAGCUACAGGCAAGAAAGAGAAAAAGAAGAAGGACCCUAACUGUCCGAAGAAACCUCUCUCUAGCUAUAUGCUAUGGCUCCAGGAGAUGAGACCGAGUUUAAAGAAGAAGCACCCUGAGCUCUCCAUCACUGAAAUGAGUAAGAAAGCUGGACAAUUGUGGAAGGAACUAAAGGAUAAAUCGAAAUGGGAAGAGAAGGCAAAGAAAUUGAAGGAGCAGUAUUUAAUUGAUAUGAAAGAAUAUGAGAGGACUGGGAAAGCACCAUCUUCAGCUUCAUCAUCAAAGCCGAAGAAGACAACAAGCAAGUCAGCAUCAGCAUCGAAGACUCAGUUUAAAAGUAAAGAAUAUAUCGAUUCUGAAGAAUCCUCUGGUGAUGACAUUAAACAAGAAGAGGAGGAGGAAGAAGCAGAGAUGACUGAUGAUGAUGAGUCUGAUUAAUACUAUCAAAAUGCUAUUUUGAUUGAUUGAACUCACUUAAAUCCAAAUAUCCAUUCAUAAUGAACCAAAUUACUAUGCCUAGACUAUUGAGUACUGUCUCAGUAAUGUUAACAAUAUUCCUGAAAUGUAAAAUUUUGGCGGAUUGCCAAAAAUUUUUAA